GCCAGCACCCUACAGUCCCUGGAUGGACAUUGCCCAUGAGCUGCCCCAGCUGAUCACGAGCCACCAGCUCCGCUCACGUGUGCACCAGGGUUUCCCUGGCAGAUGCCGCAGCUGAGCCCGCAGCAGCUCCGAGGGCGUGAGGAGCUGCACUUGGCACACCUGGUGCUCAGCUUCAUCACCAUGGGCUACGUCUGGCAGGACGGCGAGGAGGGCACCGUGCAGGUCCUGCCCAGAAAUCUCGCUGUGCCCUUCUGGGAGGUGUCCCAGGCCCUGGGCCUCCCACCCAUCCUCAGCCAUGCAGACUUUGUGUUGGCCAACUGGAGGAGGAAGGACCCCGAUGGGCCUCUGGAAAUGGAGAACCUGGACACGAUCAUCACACUGCCUGGAGGCGACAGUCUGAGGGGCUUCAUCCUUGUCACCGUGCUUGUGGAGAAGGCAGCUGUGCCUGGCAUUAAGGCAAUCCCUCGGGCCCUUGGUGCCACCGUGCAGGGGGAUGAGGAGUCCCUGCACAGAGCCCUGGAGGAGCUGGCAGGGGCCAUCGAGGCCAUGAGGGAGGCACUGAGGAGGAUGCAUGACUAUGUGGACCCAGAAGUAUUCUACUCUGUGGUCCGGAUCUUUCUCUCUGG